UGACACGGCUGUUGGACACUCAAAACUUAGUGAGCUCACUACUUAGACAGUCUUCUGGAAAAUAAAGCCGACGUUUCAUUGACCGAACAUCGGAAACCUUUUCCUCCGGGCCUGUGCUUUCAAAUGCAUGGGCUUUCCACACCUGGCAUGCCGGUGUUUGUGGAAGACCCCGCUGAGUUCUCCAAAGACAAGCUCAUAGCGCAUAAUGUGGAUCUACCUCCACCGGAGAGCAAGAAACACGCUUAUGUGGAGCUUUAUCGCAAAUAUGUGAGGACAAACAGCACAGAUUUCUCUAGCGAUGAAGAGGAGGAUCAUCUCAGUGGCAGCGCCAAGAAAGAAGAGGCAGCAGAAAUGGUAGACCUGGGCUUACUGACUGAUGAUCAGCUAAAAGCCAAACUGCUCCGGUAUGGAGUUAAAGCCGGACCUAUUGUAGCUUCCACUAGAGCUUUAUAUGAAAAGAAGCUGAAAAGGCUGCUGGAUUCUUCAGAACAGGCAUCACAGCACAUGGUCAACGGCACAAGGGAUGCAGGCCGCUAUUCAGACAGUGAGGAAGAGGAUGAGAGUGUGGAAGACGAUGACAAGGACUCUGAGUCAGAGCAGCUUCGGUCUGAAACGGUGUCCCGGACAGAGACCAGCAAAACAGCAAGCAGAACAGGGAUGUUCAGUCAGAGCAGAGAUUUUUACCCACGCUGCUUUGUGCCCACAGCUGGAUUCAUAAAUGGAAAGAUUCAGCACAAGUCUUCAGAUGCCACUCUGAAUGGGUCUUUGAGUCAAAGCGGGUCCCCUUACAGAUCCUUCAGCAUCACUCAGAUGGUGGAAGAGAUUGAGAACCGAUUCAGUCCUCAGUCAAAACAAACCGAGAUUGAGAGGAGAUCUGGUCAGAGAAGUGAGCAGACGGUGGACAGCAGGGCCCUGCAGGACUUCAUGAGACUGGAUAAAGACACCAUGACUGGCAGAUCUCUUUGUUUAACAUCUCCAUCAUCCCAUCAGAAACUAACAGUCACAGAACCUGUGACGGAUGUUCUUUCAGAGAUGUUUCCUGACACUGCCAGAACCCCCACUGGAAUCUAUGCUACAAAGAGACGGCCAAUAAAGGGAGCUGCAGGCCGCCCUGUGCAGUUUAAAUACCCUGAAAUGACGCUACUCAGUCCCACUACACUGGAGAGGCAGGAGAUUCAGCAGCGUCUGGUGCCUCUGUGGGUUCAGAUCAUGGUCUUCCUCCUGGUGGUCUGCCUGCUGUACCUCAUCUACUCAUCCAUGGAGGAGCCGCUCUCCAAUCCUUUCACUGCUCUGCUCGAAGGCCUGCAUGAAGCUGCUCUCAUAUCCACCUCACAGGACUAAUCUGCCACGGACACAACAGCUUAGGUGUGCAACACUGAUGCCAAAGAAGGUUCAUUCAAAUUGACCUCUGGCUCUAGUCAGCCAAGUGUCCUUAAGAAGAUUAUCUUUUUAAACUGGUGUCAGAGACUUUGUGUGAUCGGACUGAAUGAAACUCAAAGAGAGCUACAUCAGAACACCUGCAUUCUCUGCUACAAUGCCUGCCUUCAAAAACCAUAUAGGAUGAUAAACUUGAAUUGAUGAGACAUGUAGUUGGCUAAUCCUGUGCAUGGUGUGUUUUUCUCAGAUUAAUCUUUUACCAUAGAUGUUUAUUUGAGUUUAACUCACACAGAAACAAUCACAUUCUUCUCUUACAGUCUUACACAGCUGGACUAAUGAGUCAUAUAUGAUAUCUUGCCAUUUUUAAUGUGUACUUUUUGUUUGUUCGUUUUAUUUGUGAGUAAAUAAAUGUUAUCCUAAGA